AGUCAUUCCCAGCCUCGGCCAAGAUGGCGGAUCACGAGGAGCAGGUAUCGGAGGAGGAGAAGGUACGCAUAGCGGCGAACUUCAUUAUUCACGCUCCGCCGGGGGAAUUCAAUGAAGUUUUCAAUGAUGUGCGGUUGCUACUUAAUGAUGACAAUCUUCUCAGGGAGAGUACAGCACAUGCAUUUGCACAGUAUAAUGUGGACCAGUUUACUCCAGCAAAAAUUGAUGGGUAUGACGAUCAGGUCUUAAUAACAGAGCAUGGAGACCUUGGCAGUGGUAGAUUUUUGGAUCCUAAGAACAAGAUCUCGUUUAAAUUUGAUCAUUUACGGAAAGAAGCAAGUGAUCCCAGACCUCAUGAUGUUGACAAUGCAUUGGAGUCUUGGAGAAGUGCUGUGGAUAUUGCUGUGAGGGCAUAUGUAAAAGAACAUUACCCGGAUGGUAUCUGUACUGUAUAUGGGAAAAUUAUUGACGGACAUCAAACCAUCAUGAUAUGCAUCGAGAGCCAUCAAUUCCAACCUAAAAAUUUCUGGAAUGGGCGUUGGCGAUCAGAGUGGAAGUUUAUCAUCACUCCUUCAGCAACUCAAGUGGAGGGUGUUUUAAAGAUUCAGGUUCAUUAUUAUGAAGAUGGCAAUGUUCAACUAGUCAGCCAUAAAGAUGUACAGGAAACAUUGUCUGUUGGUAAUGAAGCUCAGAUGGCAAAAGAGUUUACAAAACUUAUAGAAUCAGUAGAAAAUGGAUACCAGAUGGCCAUCAGUGAGAACUAUCAGACUAUGUCGGACACCACAUUUAAAGCCUUGCGUCGAUGGCUGCCAGUCAUACGCACUAAGGUUGAUUGGAAUAGAAUCCUGGGCUACAAGAUUGGCAAGGAAAUGCAAAAUAUUUAAAGGAAAUUUUGCGUGACUGGAUACGUUUAGUGUCUGUUUUUAAAAAGGUCUGGUCUCACAACUGUGAACUUUAUGAAUUACAUGCACAAAUAAUUUGGGAGAUUGCCUCAUAGAACCCUUUUUUUAAAAUACACUUAAGUUGAACAUCAUUAGCAGUUCUUUAUUCAAUUCAGCCUGCAUAGGAUGACAUUUUCUCUUUCUAACAAUUUGUACUAAAAUAGUUCGAAUUUUAUUUUAUUCACUUGGUGGUUGAUUCCACUAUAAUGUAUGUCGACUUUGUAAAAUAUGACUUGAUACAGCCAUCAUGUGUUUAGUUGCCAUAUUUACGUUUACAUGGUGAGACCAUGCCUUUUACUCUUUUUGUGUGUGGAAGAAUAAUUAUAACCUGUUCUUGCUUAGUGGCAAAUAUGUUGGCUAAGGAUCUAUUUCUUCCCCAUUCCUUUAUUUAGAAGAAUAGUUACUAAUUGUUUCUAUUUAAAAUGUAUCCCUUCAUAGAUAGCAGUUACUUCCACAUUAAUUUCUGAACUUGCCUUCUUUAUAGAGAGGUGGUUAUUAUAUUUAAAGGGCAAAAUUAUGUGGGCAGAAAUUCACCAAGAAUUGAUGGGUAAAUAAUUUAAUGUGGUUAGUAAUGUUAAUGCUUUACUGACAUGGCACUGACUCAGAUGUAGUUAAUAUUUUUUGCAAAGAAUAUACACAAAAUGCAGUUAAUGCUUUGUGCCCACAUAAACUCCUUCAAUGAGCUGUGUAUUAAAGUUACCCAUGAAUUAUUUUUUAUGAAGCAGACACAACUGUACCAGAAUUGUAAUAUAAACCUGUAUUCAGU